UUUUACCCAAAAACGACUGAAUUCUUCGAGGGGCAAACGGAGUUUGGUGCUUUUAUCAGUAAAAUCGUCCAAAAUCCCUAUCGCUCAGUUCCUUUAUCGCCAUUGCCACAAUCCCCUCCCCACCCUACACCUUCGCCACUUCGCCCUUUGUCCCCUUCACUCACUCACGCAGUAGCCAUCCGGCGGCCCAGUACCUGCAGCGACGUAGCAGACUCCAGCCAGCGCCAGCAGGGACGCCGGCGACGACUCACGCCCCUCAACGUCUGAAUUGCAGAGGCUUCGGCAUACCAAAACGGCGUCCAAGCUGAAGCUCUCAUUGAUACCAUUUUUUCUUCAAAUCCUUUUGAAGCAAGAUAAGCAUUCAGAGCUGCUUGACCACGGUAGUGCUCAUUCAAUCUAUACCCAUCACUGAAACCCAAGAGUUCGUUAACCAAGGGUGAAGAAGGAUGUUGUUUCAGGUGGGUGGGCAAGGGACUCGUCCCACCUUCUUCGAGAUGGCUGCUGCUCAGCAGCUCCCUUCUAGUCUACGAGCUGCACUCAGUUACUCUCUCGGCGUUUUGGCUAUGAGAAGAUCCUUCCUCCACAAAAUUCUCGAUUUUGAGGAUGAAUUCUUUGCUUUGCUUAUGCUUGUUCUUGAAACACACAGUUUGCGGACCUCUGAUGCAUCAUUUGCGGAGUCAUUGUAUGGGUUGAGGAGGAGGGCCCUUAAGAUAAGAGUUAAGAAUGAUAAUAAACGUGUUUUGGAGUCCAAUGAGGAAAUUCAUCACUCGGGUUUGGAGAAGCGCCAAAAGAUUCUCUCCGUUGCAUUUCUGGUGAUAUUGCCAUACCUUAGGUCAAAACUGCAUGCUAUAUUCAAUAAAGAAAGAGAGGUAGCACUUCAAGCUAGUUUAUGGGGUGAAGGUGAUGAGAGGUUCAACGCUGACUAUCUUGAUUCUGGCGCAAAUUCCAUUGUUUCCACAAGUAGCUCUGAUACAGAAGGAUCAGCAAGAGAACGGUUGAAAAAGAGAAUUCAGAAGGUCAUGGCUGCUUGCUACCCAUGGAUACAUGCUGGAAAUGAAGGGUUAUCAUUUUCUUAUCAGUUGUUAUAUCUACUGGAUGCUACUGGGUUCUACUCUUUUGGACUGCACGCAUUGGGUAUUCAUGUUUGUCGAGCUACAGGGCAGGAGUUGAUGGAUACUUCUUCUAGAAUUUCUAAGAUAAGAAAGCAUGAACGGGAGAGACUGCGCGGUCCCCCUUGGCUAAAGAAAGUACAAGGUGGAUUGCUUAGCUGUGCAUACGCUGUUCUUGACUAUGCUCAAACUGGUCUAAUUGCUGCAGUAUUUUUCUUUAAAAUGAUGGAAUGGUGGUAUCAAUCAGCUGAAGAGCGUAUGUCAGCCCCAACCAUUUAUCCUCCUCCUCUUCCACCACCAGCCCCAAAGGUUGCAAAAGAUGGAAUUCCUUUGCCUCCAGACCGAACACUCUGCCCCCUGUGUUCACAAAAACGAGCCAAUCCCUCGGUAGUGUCUGUUUCAGGAUUUGUGUUCUGUUAUUCCUGCAUAUUUAAAUACGUCUCUCAGUACAAGCGUUGCCCUGUAACACUGAUGCCUGCAACAGUGGAUCAGAUCAGAAGACUUUUUCAUGAUGUUUGAAAGUUGUGGAGUAUGCCAAUUACUUAGCCCAACUCUAUACUUCAAGAAAGAUAAUAAUAAUAAGAAAAUUCUCUUUUUAGGAUUUUGUUUCUUGAAUCUUGACAAUAUAUUAAUGAUUGUCUAUGUGGUAAAUUUGGAUUUAAGAACUGAAUUAAAUUGAUUGGUACACAAACA